AUGAUGUCCCGGGUCAGCAGCCUGGCAUCGUGCUGGCUCAAGGGCGGCAGCAACGGCGGGGCGGGCCAGGCAGUCGACCUGAUGAACGACUACUGCGGCCAGCAGCUCUUUGUCGUCGAUGGCGACUCGCUCCUCGAGUUCCUGCUGCACCGCGAGCGCAUCUACUCGCCCCUCGACGUCCGCAUCGGCCCGCACCCCGUCCACGUCGCAUUCGUCUUCGAGACAUUCCUCGCCAACCUCGUCCGCGCCCGAGCCAACUUCCACCUCGUCUGGUUCGACGACCGCAGCCACCUCUCCGCCCUCGCCACCCGUCGCGGUGGGGACACUCUCACCGACGUCGAGCUCGCCGCCCGAUGCUACAUUCGCACCAUGCUCAAGACGCACGUCGCCGCUCGAUGCGCCGACGUCGCGCAGCACUCCUUCAGCGCCAUCGACAGUCCUGGCUGGACGUCGUACGUCCGCUCCAAGUCGCCCUACUUUGUCCUGCUCCACGACGGCCUGUAUGCCGCGGGCAACCAGAGCCCGCUCGGCCAGAUUGCUCCCAAUGGCGAUCGCGAAACACUCCCACACGACGGCCAGCAAGCUGCCUCGAAUUGCGACGACGACGAUCUGGUAGCCGCGGCGCAGACCUGCGCCAUCUACGCCCACCUCAAGGGCGACGGCGAGGCCAAAGGCAGCCGGCCCCCGCUCUCGAUCGCCCUGAUCCGGGAGGGCAUGUUCGUCGACAACAAGGUGCGCACCUUUGUCAUCGAAGCCUCGAUCAAGAUCCGCCACGAGUGCAUCCAAGCGCGCUCCCAGGCGGCAUUCUCGCACCUUCGCGCCCAGGUCGAUGCUGCCACGACGGCCGUUGCGACUCUACUGAGCCAGCUCGGGAUUGCGCCCUCGCUCGGCCACGAGGACGGCACGCAGCUGGACAGCUGUCCGGCGCAGCUCGAGCACAUCGCUCUUCAAGUCGCCAAGACAAUCGACCUCGAUUGUCGCGCCACCCCGGUCGUAGCGCAGGCGGUCCUGCUCCACGCCGCCGUCGGCCAGACGCUCGAUGUCGAAGACCGAGUCUCCGCUGCCGAUGCGGUGGGCGAGCUCGGCGCGGUCUGCGGCGAUACUGCCGUGCGGAGGGGCCUCGUCCUGCUCUAUUGCGCGUCGGAGCGUGCCCUCUCCGCUCUCUCCCAGCCCUCAGCCAGCGACCGGCCGUUGCUGCUCGUCGACCCGUGCCUCUUCCUUGUUAUAGCCGCGAUGUGCAGCGAGUCUGAAGAGCUACCCGCGUGCACACCGACGAUCGAGGCUGGACUUGUGUGCUUCCAGCGUCUCUGUGCCAGCGCAGGCAUCGCCGCGACGCUGCCAGACGCACGGCGCGGACCUGCCCUGCGCGACCACGAGGGGCCGAGCGAGACUCGGCUGCUGCCGUACAACCACGACUUCCUUGGACCCAAGCUGCCGCAACUGGGCGGCUCAGCGGCCAACGAGAGCCACGCCAUGCGCGGCACGGUCGAUUUCGGCGGCAUCGCCUACGAGGACCUCUUCCAGCAGCGCUCCGACCUUACGCUUGGCACGCAGCGCGCCCACAUCACCGUCGAUCCGGCCAAGCUGCAGGGAUUGACGCCGUACGAGCGGGAGCGGUACAUCAAGUACAGGGAGAUGAGGGAGCUGCGCAAGCAGCAGGGCCUCGCGGCGUGGCUGCACUCGUACGCCGCCAGCCUGACCGGCGCCAAUGGCGGCAUCCUCGAGAAGCAGACCAUCACGGUGGGGCAGGCGAGGACGAAGGUCAAGCAGCAGCAGCAGCAGCAUCAUCAUCAUCAUACACAGCAUUCAGAUCCGACGGCCAAGGAGACCAAGGCUGCCUCCAAAAACAAGCCAGCUAAGCUCAGCAAAAAGGAUGCCAUCAUCGCGGCCAACAAGGCAGCGAAAGCGCACAAGGACCACGACCGCUCGCAGAGCAAGUGGGCGCACUUUGUCCAGGAAAAGGACCUCGGCCCCGCGCUCUCCAAGGUCGACGGCGGCGAGGUGGCCGCGUCGGCGGGAAAGCUCCUGCAGCGCCGCGAGCAGCUCUCCGAAGAGCUGAGGAGGCGCCUCGUGCACGGCAAGCACGACCGACGCGACACGCUGCUGACGUGGCUUCUCGUUCUCCGGCUCGCGCUGGAGUCGUGGCUGGUUUCGUGCGCGACCGCGAGCAAGGAGGCCGGCAUCAAGCACGCGGUCGACGUCUUUGUCGCCUGCCAGAAGGUGACCGACCAGCUGCCCGCCAGCCUCGACUGCUCCGAGCCUAAUAUCGACCUCGCCGCCGCGUUCUCGAUAUGGACGGCUCUGGCGGCGUUGGGUCUCGAGGAGGUACUCAAGCAGCGCCUGGGCCCCGCCUGGGACGUCAUUCGCGACCUCACGGAGCAGCAGGGCAGGCGCGGCGACGUCGACAAGCUCAUGGCGCAGCUCCCGUUCGACAUGCCGCUGCCCAAGCGCCGCAAGCGCACCUCGCUGCCGCCGCACCUCGGUCCCGCCCGCUUCCAGCUGCUGCACUGCGGCGACUUCAUGGAGCGCCAGCUCGACUCGGCCGCCGACGCGCGCGUCACGUUCCUGCCCGACCGCUGGCAGCGCGAGGUGCUCGACGAGAUCGACGCCGGCAGCUCGAUCCUCGUGGUGGCGCCCACCAGCGCCGGCAAGACGUUUUCGUCGUUCUACGCCAUGGAAAAGGUGCUGCGCCAGGACGACGAGGGCGCCGUCAUCUACGUGGCGCCGACCAAGGCGCUCGUCAACCAGAUCGCCGCAGAGAUCGAGGCGCGCUUCGCCAAGGCCUACGCGGGCGUCGGCCGGACACUCUACUCGAUCUGCACGGCCGACUACUCGCUCAACAACCCGUUCAAGUCGCAGAUCCUCAUCACGGUGCCCGAGAUGCUCGACGUGCUACUGCUGCGCGACUCGGCGACGGGCAACCUGGUGCCGCGCAUCCGCCGCAUCAUCCUCGACGAGGUCCACGUGCUCUCCGAGUCGUGCCGCGGCUCGAUCUACGAGCAGCUCAUCGUCAUGUGCCCGGCGCCCAUCAUCGCGCUGUCGGCCACCAUCGGCAACGUCGACGACUUUGGCAGCUGGCUCGCCACCGUAUCGGCGGCCCACGGGCACCGGCUCGCCGUCGUCCAGCACAAGACGCGGUACAGCGACCUGGUCAAGCACGUCUAUGUCCCCAGGGCGCCGUUUGACGAGUUCCGCGGCGUCGAUGUCGGCGAAGCGCGCAGCAGCGGCGGCGGCGGCAGCGACGCCAGCGAAGACGACGACGACGGAGGGCGUGGCGGGCGGCUGCGCCACCUGCACCCGUGGACGGCCCUAAUCCAGGGCAACGCGCAGCUGGUCGACGACCUCGAGAUGAGCCCCGCCGAGAUGGUGCAGGCCUACGACGCCAUGAGGUCCGACACGCUGGCGUUCCAGGCGCGCCUGCGCCAGCAGCUCGAGACGUGGAUGGACCGGCCCGACGCCCGGUCCAAGGCAUCGCCCUUCCUGCGCCUCCUCGCGUCGCUCGACGGCGGCCUGGUGGAGAGCGUCCUCGAGUACGACCUGGAGAGGCCGUUUGGCAACAAGCACCGCGACUUUUGGAACCAGGCGCUGCUGCAACUCCUCACCGACAUGGACGGCAGCGGCCUGCUGCCCGGCCUCUUCUUCAACUACGACCGCAACGUCGUCGAGUCGAUGGUAGAGACCGUCGUCGGCGCGCUCGUCGAAGCGGAGCAAGAGUACAAGGAGAGCGACCAGUGGCGCGCCGAGCUCGAGAGGCUCGAGAGGGCGCAGAAGGAGCACGACGCGGCGCGCAAGAGGCUCGACCGCGACCUUGCCCGCGCCAAGGAGGGCAGCAGCGCCCGGACAAGGGCCGAGGAGGCCCUCGACCGCUUCCUCUCGGCCAACCCGCCGCCCAUGGCCGGCUUCGACCCCGAGGGCGUGCUGCCCCGGUUCAGCUUUGCCAGCUUCAAAAAGGCGCUCGCCGACGACGAGAUCCAGGGCGAGCUGGCCGCCAUCGAGGGCAGCGUGGCCCCGCACCUCGUCGAGGGCCUCCGGCGCGGCGUCGCGGCCCACCACGCCGGCCUGUCCAACAAGUACCGCCAGCUGGUGGAGCGCUGGUACCGCAUGGGCCGCAUCCGCGUGUGCUUCUGCACGGGCUCGCUCGCCCUCGGCAUCAACAUGCCCGCCGUCAGCUCCGUGUUUAUCGGUCACAGCAUGUUCCUCACGGCGGUCCAGUACCGGCAGGCGGCGGGGCGCGCGGGCCGCCGCGGGCUGGACCUGCGCGGCAACGUCGUCUUUUUUGGCGUGCACAUCGACCGCGUCCACCGCCUGCUGACGUCCAAGGUGCCCGAGCUGCAGGGCAGCUUCCCGCUCUCGACGACGCUGGUGCUGCGCCUGCACAUGAUGCUGCACCGCCCCGACACGGUGGCCACGGCGCAGUCGAUGGCCUCGGCGGUGCUCUGCCUGUCGCGCAUGUCGAUGGCGCGCAGCGACGCGCCGCGCGUCCAGCACCAGAUGCGCGCCAGCAUCGAGUAUCUGCGCCGCAUCGGCCUCCUCGACGAGCGCGGCCGGCCCGUCGACCUGGCCGGCCUCGUCUCGCGCCUGCACUACGCCGAGCCGAGCAACUUUGCCUUUGCCGCGCUGCUCCGCGACGGCUUCUUCUACCGCCUGUGCCAGCGGCACCGCGGCGGCGACCUCAAGUACGCCGGACGCGAGCUCAUGCUCGUCCUGUGCCACCUCUUCUGCCGCAUCGAGAGGCUGCCGGGAGAGGGCAUGUACGACGUGGUGCGCGGGUCGCCGUCCAAGGUCUUUCUCGAGCCCAUGCCCGACGAGGCGGCCCAGAUCCUCGCCAGGCACUCGAGGCACGCCACGGACACGUAUCGCGACUUUGUCGUGGCCCUGGCGCAGCGCGAGGGCCCCAAGCUGCCGAGGGACGACUCGCUGCCGCUGUCUGGGCGCCUCGUUGGCGGCGGCGACAGUGUUGGCGACGACGAUGGCAGUCGCGAUGACAGCAUCACUCGCUCCGACACCGCGGGCAUGGCUUCGGGCGGCCCUACAGAGCCAGCCGCGACGUCGGCGCCGUCGUCCGGCUCCUGGGACGCCUCCACCGUCCCGACGUCGCCUGCCACGACGACGGUCUCGUCCGCCCCGGCACCGGCCACGACGCGCUCCGUCUUCUGGCAGCUCCUCUCGCUGGGCGACCAGUACGAGAGCGUGGGCGAGAUUUCGCAGUCGCUCCAACCGGGCCUCUCGCUGACGGCCGAAGCCAUCCCAUCGUUCGACGUCUUCCUGCGUCAUCGACGCGGCGACGACGGCGACGGCGACGAGCAGCCGACGCUCAACGCGUAUCUGCUCGACUUUUACAAGCACGGCAUCGCGGCCGAGCUGGUGCGCGCCAACGGCCUGCGGCGCGGCGACGUGUGGGUCAAGCUCGACGACUUCUACCGCGUCCUCUGCGCGCUCCGCGCCUCGAUCGAGACGCUCCUCCGCUCCAUGAUCGCCGCCAAGGAGAGGGCGUCGGCGGCCGUGGGUCGCAGCGGCGUCAGUCGAGGACGUGGCCGUGAUGCGGCGAAGGCGGAGGCGUCGAGUGACUGGGAGGGUCACGAUGAGAGCGAGAGUGACGAAGCGCGUUCGGUCGCCCAUGGCCGACGAGCCAUCGGCAGCAGCGGCGACGACGAUGAACAACAACCCAGCGCGGGCCUCGAUCCCGCGCCCACCGACGACGAGAGCGACGACGACGACGACGUCGAUGGCGGAGACCACCAGGGCGCAGCGCAAGCCGCCGCCACCACCACCACCACCUCGACCGAGCCGCACCACGGCGGCGCGCAAAAGAAGCGGCGCGUCCCCUCGAUCCCGCCGCUGAUUGCGCUCGACGCCGAGCAGCGCGACGCGGACCUGUGGGAGUUCUACGUGCUCCUCGAUCACGUCCAGCGCCAGUUUGGUCGCCGCUUCUUUGCUAUCUUUUCCUAG